AUGUCACGCUUCGGUCGAUCUGGUCCGCCGCCGAUCCGCGACACGUACUCACUCCUCGUCCUCAACAUCACCUUCCGCACGACUGCUGAUGACCUCUUCCCGCUCUUCGACAAGUACGGCGAGAUUGUCGACAUCUACAUCCCAAGGGACCGCAGGACUGGUGACUCGCGCGGAUUCGCGUUCGUGAGGUACAAGUACGAGGACGAGGCACAGAAGGCAGUUGAUAGGCUCGAUGGGAGAUUGGUAGACGGGAGGGAGAUCAUGGUGCAGUUUGCCAAGUACGGCCCAAAUGCUGAACGGAUUAAUAAAGGGAGAAUAGUGGAGCCAGUUCCAAGGCCAAGGGGCCGUUCCAGAAGCCGCAGUCCAAGACGGAGGUACCGUGAUGAUUAUCGAGAUGAUUACCAGGAUAGAGAUUAUAGAAGGCGUAGCCGUAGUCGGAGUAGAGAUAGAUACGCCCGUGACAGGUACAGAGAUAGGGAUUACCGCCGUCGUAGCCCGAGUCGCAGCUACAGUCCUGAUGAUUACAAGAAGCGUGGGAGAGACAGUUUGUCUCCUGCACGAAGAAGCCGUAGCCGUAGCCGCAAUCGCAGCUACAGUCCUGAUGAUUACAAGAGGCGUGGCAGAGACAGGAUGAAUGGGCUUGCUCUGAUCCUAUGUCUGGCUAUGCAUUUGCUCGAUGGUGGGCUCUUUUCAGUUGAAGUUGUGUAG